AUGGCACGAAAGGAGGUUCUGAAAGGAGAAGAAGGCAAACCUCUGCUGAAGGAGAUGAAGAAAGGCAACGAGAAGGCAGCUGGGGCCGGAGCAGGGAAAACAGAAAAACAUGUGAAGAUUGUGGUUGAUGAAGACGCUGUGAAGAAGGCGGCACAAGCUGAGAAGAAGGAGCAAAAAGUUUCUGCUGCACAAAAGAUAGCGCAGGACACCCCGAAUGCUUUCGAAGCACCAUCACAAAGCACACAGUCAUUGACGCCUGAAGGAAAAGAGCUAUAUUCUCCCGAUCAAAUUAAAGUACUGCACAUCAGUGACAUAAUGGAUGAUACAAACUCCUUGUCAGUUAGAAAAGCACAGCCGUAA